UCCUAUUUCAAAGCAAUCAAAAGUAAUUUUCAACUCUAGAUCAAAUAAAAAGAUAUUGUAUUUCUAUAAUUUUUUUUGAUCGUAAAUUAUAGAAGAAUUAACACAAACAAAAUAGAAAAUUAGUUCGUGUCAAAUUAAGUAAGCGGGGAAAAAACAAGUGAUGUUAAUUAUUGUUUUGUAGUAACGAAAGUACAGGUAGUAUUUUUGUGAAACUAAAGUAUUUAAAUAAUCAAUUUUGUGAGUGAUUAUUUAAUAAUGUAUAGGUUUAAUUCUCUCGCGCGAAUUAAUUUAAAUGGUAUAUUUUCAAAGAAAACUCUUUUUCUACGAAAUUUAGCUGAUGUUAAUCCCAAGACUGCAGAUUAUCCCCUUCCUGGAGAAAAGGAAACCGAUUCGCAUGCUCCCUCUUCGUAUGAAAUUGUCACCCCAACGAGUAAGAGCUUCGCCACAUCGGACGAUGUUCAGAAAGUAGUUUUUGACCAAUCCCAUACAACUGCUAUCUUCGACGUAUCGACAAAAGAGAAAGUUGUACAACAGGCACCCUUACCUUUUGACGAUGUCCCUGGCCCAAGAUCUCUUUAUGCCUUUGCUAAAGUUUGGGGACUGUUGCCUAUAGUAGGGACCCAACUUGCCGGAACUAUGUUUCAAUAUGUUCUUAAUGCUCGUGAACAAGUUACUUGGGGUAGUCCUACGUGGUUAUUUCACUUCUUUAUGAAUGAAUAUGGACCUGUGGUAAGACUUAGUGGUCCCCUGGGCGGUGAUGUGGUCAUUUUGUGCCGUCCCGAACUUGCUUCGGCUAUUUUCGAAAACGAAGGUCCUUAUCCAGUUAGGUCCUGCUUUGACUGCAUCGAAAAGUAUCGACUGCAAUAUCGCAAGUACAGACAAGCAGGACCAUUUUUGAUGUACGGUCAGGAAUGGGAGAAGUUGCGCUCGUCAAUCGAGACAUCUUUGGCACAUUCCAGUACUGCACAAUUCAGCAGAUUGGAAAAGAUUAGUGAGGAAUUUGCACAACGUAUUGGCCGUAUUCGUAAUAAACAGGAAGAGGUACCAUCGAAUUUUCUUCAAGAGAUCAAUAAAUGGGCGGUUGAAUGCUUGUGGACGGUUAUGACGAAUAAACCGAUGGGAUUUCUCGACCCAUCAGGCCUGAGUACUAUGUCUGAACCCUCUAGGUUACUUGAAAGUCUCAUUGGGGCUACUGAAGGCAUCAGAAAAUGUGAAAGUGGUAUGCACUUUUGGAAACUGAUAGAAACACCAGCAUGGCGCAACUUAUCAAAACAUUGCGAUUCUAUUGAUUCGAUAGUGAAUAAGUAUAUUCGUAAAGCCCAAGCGACAUUGCGUGAACGCAAAGAGAAGGACCCGAAUUCAAUUGUUCCUUCAGAUGUAUCCCUAAUGGAAGGACUGCUAAUCAAGGACGGUAUGUUACCGGAAGAUGUAAUGACUGUAAUGCUUGAUAUGUUACUUAUUGGUGUGAAUACAACGUCGCACGCCGUUGGUUUCCUAAUGUACCAUUUGGCGAGGUUCCCACGUGCCCAAAACAUUCUCUACGAGGAGGUGAAGAAGAGCGUUUCAAGUGAUGGCUCAAUUACAAAAUCUGCUUUCGACAAGAUGGUUUAUUUGAAGGCGUGCAUCAAGGAAAGCCUGAGACUCAAACCCCCAAUGCCAUUAUUAACACGUAUAUUAAACAAAGACGUCGUUGUCAAUAAUUACAAAAUACCGAGAGGAACUUACGUACUGAUUGCAAGUCAUUUGGCUGGAUUAAAGGAAGAAUAUUUCGACGACGCGGACAGAUUCAGACCUGAACGUUGGUUGGAUCCAAGUAUCGAUCGUAGUGUGAGCACUUUGGCCACCAUUCCAUAUGGUUUCGGACCAAAGGCCUGCUUGGCACGUGAACUGGCUGAAAUAGAAGUUGGACUUUUGGUUUCUAAGGUUCUUCAAAAGUUCAAGAUUCACUACUACUAUGGAGAUAUUUUAAGCACCAACAAAUUUAUUUCGUUUCCCACACGUCCCUUGAAGUUUAGAUUUAUCGAUAGAAAAGACUAAUUUUUUCUGAUAGGUUAUUAGUGAAGUUAUGUGUGAGGUAAAUGAAGAAGCGAAAAUGUUAUUUUUUUUAUUAAUUUUUAGAAUUUUUGUGUUGUGAAGUAUGAGUAUUAUACUCCGUCGUAUGUAGAAAACUUUGUUAUUUGUGGAUUGGUUUUUUAUUUAUUUUAUUUUAAUAAAAUACAAUUAAGAGAGAA